CGUUUCUACAUCAGUUAAGUGUUAAAAAAGAACUUUUACUGUGUUUUGCUAAUGGAAAAAGAACUUGACAUAUGUGCACUCAUCCUGCGUUGUUUGUUUGCUGCUUCUUUUCCUUUUCUGGGCAGAUAUAUAUUUAGGGCUUCUGUUGUUGACUCAAAUGUGUUCGAGCGCCGAAGCUUUGGCACAAUUGCACUAGGGCUUUGCGCGCUUCUGUACUCUGUGGCCUUCCAUAAGAAAAUCGAAGCUCUUGAAGCCCAAAAUCAUGAGGAGAAAGUGCAAGGAUCACAUCAGUAAAUUGCCAGAUGAUGUUCUUCAUACCAUUGUCUCAUUAUUGAGUAUGAGGGAUGCUGUACGCACGAGCGUAUUAUCACAUAGGUGGAAGAACAUGUAUGCAUACAUGUCAAAUCUCGAGUUCAAUUGGCAUGACAUAAUCUCCACACCAGCUGAUUCAACUCCUGGAGCGGUUUGCAACAGCAAAGUGCGCUAUUUUCUAGCAAGACUAGAAAGAUUCUUAGCAUGUCAUUUGGGCACGAAGGUUGUCUCCUUCAAGGUUUCAUGUUGUUUUGGAAAUAUGUACGGUCUUCAUAUCAAUGACUGGAUUAGUUUUGCCAUUAGAAAGGGUGUUGAAAAUCUUGAUCUUGCCUUUACUUGUGACAAACCAGCUGAGCGCAUCGAUUGGAGAAUCAUUGACUAUUAUCAUUUUCCUACUCAGCUCCUUUUGCAUGGUGAAGAAUCCAAAUUAAGGCAUCUUUCCUUGCGCUCAUGCACACUUCAGUCAGAUUUUUUUGAUCGAUUUAGCACCUUAUCAACUCUUGUGUUGUGUGAUGUAAAUCUCGCUGGACAUGUUGAGCCGCAUAUGUUUUCUUCUUGUUCAAACCUUGAGUGUUUAACAUUGCAAUGGUGUUUUGGAUUAGAAAGAUUGUGCAUUGGUGAUUCCCUUCAUCGUUUGAAGGUGCUGGUGGUGAGCCUCUGUGAAGGGUUAAAGGGGAUUGAACUCAGUGCCACCAAUCUUACCAGUUUCCAUUAUAAGGGUGAUGACAUAGAACUCUCUUUUGAAAGGGUUCCCAAUCUGGGGGAACUAUAUGUUAUGAUGAAGGACACUGAUGUGGUUUCUACUUUUGCUGAGCUUGAGAAAGAACUUCCUCAUGUCAAGAGUAUGACAGUUGCCAAAAGUCGUGCCCGUAAGAAAAAGUUAUAAUCGCUGACGAUUCAACAAGGGCCAGCAUUUGCCUGUGUUUCAUGUGAUGUCCAAAGGAUCAGCUCUGUCCUAGGAGCUUUUCUCCUGCUUCAGAAAUUCCAUUUGACCUCGAAUCUUCACUACAUCGAUUGUGGUUGUAGAUGUCUAAUAUAAACUUUUGCUGCUUCAGAUCAUGCGGCAUUGUCAUUUAUAGUUGCUGUCUAAAUUACUUGUCCAGAAUCCAGAAGUGCAGUUUCACUUGUCCACAGAAUUAGAGUACGUUCUUUUCUGCAAUUUAUCUAGGUCAGGGCAGCUGUAUGUUAACUCUUAGCUGGGGUGUAUGCGAACUGUAGUUCUUAGCUGUUAUGUAAUGACGGAUAUCUGGUUGGCUGUUUGUACAAUUUUGCUUCAUUUUUUUCCCCUAAGAAAUUUGUGUUACUCAUCUGGGGAAGAAAAGAAGUGGAUUGCUCGUACAUGUUUUGAGUAAAACGCAACUUGUAACAAAUUGUUGAAAACGAAAAGUUACUGUUAUAACCA